AUGUCUUCCACCGUCUCCUCUACCACGAGCAGCAGCUCUGCUGCUCCCACCAGCCAGUGCGCCGCCUCCCUCUACGACACUCCCGGCCACACCAGCGACAUCGUCUGCGCCGUCCCAUACACCCAGGAAUACAUUGGCUUCAUGGAGGACUGCUGCAAGGGCGCCGACGUCGUCAGCUACUACAACAACUGCGGCCUCUACUGCCUGGUCGUCGACCAGACCGUCGACGACUUCAAGUCCUGCAUGAAGGGCAACAAGGUCCCCGAGCAGUUCCCCUUCUGCAGCGGCAACGGCACCGACAAGGCCACCGGCUCCGGCAAGGUCGAUCUCCCUGCCUCCAUCACCGCCUCCGUCAUUGGCGGCAGCUCCUCGACCUCUGCGACCGGAACAAAGACUGCCUCCUCUGCCACUGGCUCCAGCACCUCUGGCAGCAGCAGCAACGACAAGGGCGCUGCCGCCAGCUUCGGCGUCAGCAAGAUGGCCGUCGCGGUCGGCGCCCUGCUCCUCGGCACCUUCAUUGUCGCUUAA